AUGCUCACUAUUUCUCAUAAUUCCAGAGUUCGUUCCUUCGACAACACGCGCAGCGAGACCAUCCAGUUUCACACUCCUCUUACAUUGAUUGUCGGAUAUAAUGGAUCGGGCAAAACGACUAUCAUCGAGUGUCUGAAAUAUGCCACCACCGGCGAUCUCCCUCCGAACAGCAAAGGCGGUGCUUUCAUCCACGAUCCGAAAUUAUGUGGCGAGAAGGAGGUGCUUGCACAGGUGAAGCUUUCCUUCAAGGGAACAUCUGGUGCGAAGAUGGUGGCUACCCGCAGUCUACAACUUACGGUCAAGAAGACGACAAGGCAGCAGAAGACGCUGGAAGGGCAUCUUAUGAUGAUGAAAAAUGGCGAGCGAACGGCGAUUUCCUCACGAGUCGCCGAGCUAGAUCAGAUCAUGCCUCAAUAUCUGGGCGUUUCCAAGGCUAUCUUGGACUCUGUCAUAUUUUGCCACCAGGAUGAGAGUCUUUGGCCAAUGAGCGAACCAUCCGUCCUCAAAAAGCGAUUCGACGAGAUUUUUGAAGCCAUGAAGUACACCAAGGCGAUUGAUAACAUUAAGGCUCUUCGCAAAAAGCAGAAUGAAGAGUUGGCGAAAUACAAGAUCAUGGAGCAACAUUCAAAAGAAGACAAGGAUAAAGCAGAUCGUGCAGAAAAGCGCUCAGUGAAGCUUCAAGAUGAGAUUGAAGAGCUGCGCGACGAGACUCAAAAGAUGUCGAAGGAGAUGCGCCGUGUCGCCGAGCUUGCUGACAAGGCAUGGAAAGAAUCCGAAGGAUACGCGCAGGUGCUCGGUGCACUAGAAGGCAAAAGAAUCGAAGCGAAAAGUAUCCAGACCACUAUUGACAAUCUUAAACGGCACCUGGUCGAGCUUGAGGACUCGGAUGAAUGGCUCGAAUCAAAUCUCGAACAAUUUGAGACCAAGCAAAUCGAAUACCAGCAGCAGGAAGAAGCGCAGAAGGAGAACUACAUGGUACUUAAGGCGCGUAUUGAGAAGACCCGGCAGCAGCUGGGCUUGAAACAAGCUGAAAAUGGAAAACACGAGAACGACAAGGCCAACUUCGAGCGACAGGUCCAAAGACGUCAGAAUAUGAUCACCGAAGUUGCUCGUGGGAACAACAUUUAUAGCGUUGAUGAGAAUAUGGACCAGGAAAGCAUCGACGCUUUCAUGCAAAAGGUCAGGGGCUUCCUGCGAGAACGAAACCAGGCCCUCGAUCGGGUGAAACGCGAAGCCCAGAAAGAGCUCCGCGAGGUUCAGGACACUCUAAAUGAAAUCGGACAGCGCAAAUCCGCUUUACAAGAAACCAAGAACUCCUCCAAAAAGCAGAUUUCGAACAAUGACAGAGAAUCGGCGAGCUACCAAGGAAAGCUUAAUGGAAUCGACGUUGACGAGGGCGUUCAAGCAGCCCUGGAGGCUAAGAUCGAAGAUAUCACCUCGAGCCUCGAACGCGCCAAAGAGCGUACGAUUGUUGCUUCAUGGGACCAAGAGAUUCAGGAUGUCAACGCGCAGAUCCAACACCUUGAGGACGAAAACUCGAACCUCAAUGAUGAGUUAAUUGAGUCCACAAAGAAGGCUGGCGAUUUAGCUCGAUUGGAUCAUCUCAAGAAGGAAGAGAAGGAAAAAAAGCGGAGUCUUCAGACUAUGAAAGGAGCUCAUGGAGAACGACUUGUGAAGGUUGUCGGUGCGGAUUGGCAGCCCCAUUCUUUGGAACGGGAGUUCCAGUCCGCGGUAGAUAACGAAUCCAAGCAGGUAUCUGAUGCAGAGCGCGAUCGCGAUGGUGUCAGCCGAGAAUUGGAGCAGGUCGAGUUUAGGUUGAAAAAUGCAACUAAAGCCUUGAAACAGCGUCGAAAGGAGCUGGACGAGUGUGUGAAGGAGAUUCAUGAGGCGGUUGACGCAGAUCCUUCCGAGUACCCUACGAUAGUCAAAGAACGGCAGGAACAGUACGACCUUGCUCGCAAGGACGCUGAUCAAUACGCUGGUUUGGGUGAGUACCUCAACCUGUGUGUUGACGCAGCAAAGAAAGCCAAAAGCUGUCGCACAUGCCAGAGACCUUUCAAAAAUGAGACCGAGGUCCAAGGAUUCAUUAAAAAGCUUCAGGGAUUGGUGGAAAAUGCCGCUAAGGAAGGCGAAGAUGGACAAUUGCAGGAGAUGGAGCAGGAUCUUGAGACUGCCCGCGAAGCCAGUGCAGCGUACGAUACAUGGGUCCGUCUCUCAGAAACCGACAUCCCAGAACUGGAGAAAGAAGAAGAGGAAUGCGAAUCUCAACGCUAUCAGCUUCUGGACAAGCUUGAGGUCCAUGACCGAACUGUGAGCGACAGGCAGGAAAGCAAGAGAGAUGUAGAGUCUCUUAUCAAAACGGUCAACACCAUUACAAGAUACGAUGCUGAUAUUAAGACUAUCGCCUCGCAAAUCCAAGAACUCUCUGCGAAUCAAGGAAAUAUGUCCGCAAGCCGUACCCUGCAAGAUAUCCAAGAUGAAAUCUCGGCGAAUAAUGAAAAGGCACGCGAGCUGAAAAAGACUCUCGCUAAGCUGUCGAGUGAAAGGGAUCAGACUCGGAGCGAGAUCAACAAGCUCGAGUUACAGCUGAGAGAUGUCCAAAGUAACCUUGAAAGCGCCAAAUUCCAGCUGGAGAAGAAGGCCGACUUGCUUGCCCGCCUGGAAGAGUACAAGAACCUCAAUUUUCAACAGCGGGAGGCAAUUGAGAAAGCGGACCAAGACAUCGAAAGCUUGACACCCGAAUUACUUCAGGCUCAAGCUCGCUACGACGACAUCAGUCAACGAGCCGAAGGGCGAGAACGAGACCUACAGCAUGACAUCACCCGUCUUUCGGAGAGUAUCAACCAGCUUGCUUUAGCGAACGAGGAGAUCAACUCAUAUAAUAACCGUGGAGGCCCUGGCCAACUUGAAAAAAGUAAGCGAGAGCUCUCCGAAAUUGAGGCUGAGAUCAGCAAACUCGAGUCUGAGCAAGGUGAAAUCACUCGAGAAAUCAACAAGAUCUCGGCACAGCUCAAAGACAGUGAGAACACCAAGCGGCAGUACUCAGACAAUUUGACAUAUCGCCAAGCUACACGAUCUCUAGAUAACGUUCUGGAAGAGGUCGAGCAACUGGAAUCUCAAAAUGCCGACGUUGAUCGCAGCCGCUUCAAGCAGGAGUCGGAACGCUGGACGCGGGAACACAAUGCUUUGGCCGCCAAACAAGCUAGCAAGAUGGGAGAAAUGAAAUCCAAAGACGAUCAGUUGAUGCAACUUCUCAAAGACUGGGAUACGGACUACAAAGAUGCCGCAUCCAAGUACAAGGAAUCCCACAUCAAGGUGGAGACUACCAAAGCUGCUGUUGAAGAUCUUGCCCGCUAUGGUGGAGCCCUCGAUAAAGCCAUCAUGCGAUAUCACGGUCUGAAGAUGGAAGAGAUCAAUGCCAUCGUGGGGGAGCUUUGGCAAAAGACCUACCGCGGAACGGAUGUCGACACAAUCCUUAUCAGAUCCGACAAUGAAAAUGCCAAGGGCAACCGAUCAUACAACUACCGUGUCUGCAUGGUCAAAUCAGGCGCAGAGAUGGAUAUGCGAGGCCGCUGCAGUGCAGGACAAAAGGUAUUAGCUAGUAUCAUCAUCCGACUUGCACUGGCAGAGUGCUUCGGCGUCAAUUGUGGAUUGAUCGCUCUCGAUGAGCCAACCACCAAUUUGGAUCGUGAUAAUAUUCGUUCCUUGGCUGAAUCGCUACACGAUAUUAUCAAGGCUCGACAGCAGCAAGCCAACUUUCAGCUCAUUGUCAUUACCCAUGACGAGGAGUUCCUGCGGCACAUGCAGUGCGGAGAUUUCAGCGAUUAUUACUAUCGUGUCUCGCGUAAUGAGCGACAGAAGUCGAUUAUAGAAAGGCAAUCUAUUGCUGAGGUCUGUUCACCAUGA